AUGGUGGUGAGCGUCGUGUGGAUGGUGGUGGGGCUGGGGUGGUUCUGCACGGCCUGCGCCGCCGUACAGUUGGUGCUGCUAUUGGAAAACCGGCCCUGGCUCCCCUCCCAGCUCCUGCAGCAGGUUUCAUCCUCUUCAUCUUCCACUCACGCCUCGACCCCAACGUCGCUUCUGGUCAACCUGGCCAUGGCGGGCUUCGGCUUCGUGGCACGCCUUGUGCGCGCUUGCUGGGCCACGGCACGCAAUGCAGGAUCCAAUCGCCGAAUGAGAAGAUUGCACAACGCCGGCGCAGGGGGCGGCCUGUCGUGGCUGCGCACGUCGCUGCCGCCGCUCGGGCGGGUGCUCGACGCCGGCGGCAGCCUGCCGUCGGGUCCUGGCAUCGCGCGCCGACCCGGUAACGCCGGCCAGAGCCGCACCUUCUCCUUCACCUUGAUGAGCUGGCGCGGGACGACUUACACGGAGCCGCUGGAGCGCGAGGUGCGCGUUGAGAUCAGCGGGACCGCCACGCUCAUUCCCACGGUCCUCAACCACAACAACGGCACGUACGAUGUGACAUACACGGCUCGCAAGGCCGGCAGCUACCAGAUCGCCCUGUGGGCCAACGACAAGCCCCUCGGUGACAGCCCCUACGCCAUCCACAUCUCAGCCGGGCCGAUCGAUGCCCGGCAUUGCACGCUCAAGGGGCCGGGCAUGGGUCCGUUGGCCCUACCCAGCAAGCAGGACACUCACAUCAUCGUCCGCACGGCCGACUCCUUCGGCAACGAGCGAGACACGGGCGGACCCGCCGUGUUCAGGUUGGCCGCGAAGGGCGUCAGCGCCAAGUCUGGGCUGCCCUGGGAGCGAGACAUCCAUGUCGACGUGCAAGACAGCGGCGACGGUUCGUAUAAAUUGACGUUCCGCCCCAAGUCGGGCAUCAACGAACUGUGCCUCUUCUACCGCAACGAGGAAGACGAGCAGCCCCUUCCCAACGGCCAAUGGGUGAUCAACGUGCUCAAA